GCCAAGGAUAAAAGAAGAUUUGAUGCCGAUACAGCAAAAGAUAUCGUAAAGGGUGUAAAUUCGAUCGUAGAAUCUCUCAUUACUAAAAAAUCACACAGCCAGGUUGUUGAUGCACCUAUUCUUGAAUAUAACGAGGAAAUAAAAGAUCAGAGGAAAAAUAUAGCAGAUAUGAAAGCACAGUACACAAAAGUAUGUGCCGGCGUAUCUGUCAAGGUUGCUACGAUGGCACUCAAAGAGGCUGGGCAUUAUAAUGGUGCGAUAUCAUUAGGGAUUUUUGCUACCUCACUUUUAGUCGGCGGGGUCACGGCCUACAGGAGAUCACGCAAUAAUAAAGAUUUAAAGGAACUUCUUUUAUUAAUGGAGGCAAUGUCUGGAAAGCUGGAGGGAUUAACGUCAAUAUCUACGUUUUUUAAUGACAAAUUGAAAGCAAUGGUUGAUGCCAUGAAUAGGUACGCUGUACGAAUCGAAAAAAUUAUACGACUCUCUUCCUAUGAUACUGAAGAAUGCGAGGAUGAUACUGAAAGGGUCAUUGUAUUAGCACAGAACAUAAUUGAAAAUACGAAUGAAUUAAAACAGAAGUUUGAUGGAAUGGCAAAGGAGAUUAAAUCUAUAUUAUCUGGUUUAAGAACUAUAAUUCUCGAAUUCAAUCCAGAUGCGAAGCUCAAUGGCUGAAAUAUUACAUACCAUUGUUCGCCCUUCAUUUUCUGUAUUUAUUUACACCUAAUUCUGUC